UGAAUUUCCAAGUGGUAGACCUGCCUCUGCGCUCUGCCCAAUGAGAUCCGUCAGGGGAGGCACCCGGCUCACUUUUCCACAUCACUUCACAGUUACAUUUGGCAGGCAGGCGGGCUCGCACGCCGGAGCGCUCAGCCCGGAAUUCGUGGAUUUAUUCGGAAUCUCCUUGCUUCCCCGAGUCCCUUCCGCCGGCGCCGGUCUGGGCACGGACGGUCCCGCGCACCCGCCCGCUCGCUGCACUUUGGGCUGCGGACACCCGGACUCGGCGCGCCCGCCCCGCGUCUCCACGGCGAGCCCCGCAGCUCCGAGAGGCAUGAACGGAAUCCGGAGGCGCCUGCCCUGCGCGCGGGAACCUCUCGGUGCUCGCCGCCCUCGGGAGCCGACCCAGAGUCCCUGCAGCCGUGUGUGAACCAGGAAGCUUGAAAUUCGCCAGCGCCGAGCUCGUCAAGAUCAUCCAGCGUUUGGCGUGAAUUGCACUGGGCCACAAGCUGAAUCUCAUACCCCAUCUGUGUUUCUGAAACACCACUUUGAAUUCAAUGUGCAUUUACCUGUUUUGAAGCAGCCUGCUAAUGGUUCUAAAUUCAAGGCGAUUUCAGUGAGAAGGAAUGCCAGUGGAUCGUGGUCUCAGAAAAGCGGCUUAGAUGAUGUCUGUUUCCUGUGCUAGAAACACGUGGCAGAGCUGUAAGUAAACGCUCUACACUGCAUGAUGAAUUGGAUGGCUACAGACCGGAGGCAAAAAAAAUAAUUGUCUCAUUUUCGUGGUGAUUUGCUUAACUGGUGGGACCAUGCCAGAACGGCUAGCGGAAAUGCUCUUGGAUCUCUGGACUCCAUUAAUAAUAUUAUGGAUUACUCUUCCCCCUUGCAUUUACACGGCUCCGAUGAAUCAGUCUCAAGUUGUAAUGAGUGGAUCCCCUUUGGAACUAAGUAGGCUGAGUGAACAGCGGAUUUUGAACCGCUCCAAAAGAGGCUGGGUUUGGAAUCAAAUGUUUGUCCUGGAAGAGUUUUCUGGACCUGAACCGAUUCUUGUUGGCCGGCUACACACAGACCUGGAUCCUGGAAGCAAAAAAAUCAAGUAUAUCCUGUCAGGUGAUGGAGCUGGGACAAUAUUUCAAAUAAAUGAUAUAACAGGAGAUAUCCAUGCUAUAAAAAGACUUGACCGUGAGGAAAAGGCUGAAUAUACUCUAACAGCUCAGGCAGUGGACUGGGAGACAAACAAGCCUCUGGAACCUCCUUCUGAAUUUAUUAUUAAAGUUCAAGACAUCAACGACAAUGCGCCAGAGUUUCUUAAUGGACCCUAUCAUGCUACAGUGCCAGAGAUGUCCAUUUUGGGUACGUCUGUCACUAAUGUAACAGCUACUGAUGCUGAUGACCCAGUUUAUGGAAACAGUGCAAAGUUGGUUUAUAGUAUCUUGGAAGGGCAGCCUUAUUUUUCCAUUGAGCCUGAGACAGCAAUUAUAAAAACUGCCCUUCCCAACAUGGACAGAGAAGCCAAGGAGGAAUACCUGGUUGUUAUUCAAGCCAAAGAUAUGGGUGGACACUCUGGUGGCCUGUCUGGGACCACAACACUUACAGUGACCCUUACCGACGUAAAUGACAAUCCUCCGAAAUUUGCCCAAAGUCUGUAUCACUUCUCAGUACCAGAAGAUGUGGUUCUUGGCACUGCGAUAGGAAGGGUAAAGGCCAACGAUCAAGAUAUUGGCGAAAAUGCACAGUCAUCCUACGACAUCAUUGAUGGAGAUGGAACAGCGCUCUUUGAAAUCACUUCUGAUGCCCAGGCCCAGGAUGGUAUUAUAAGGCUAAGAAAGCCUCUGGACUUUGAGACCAAAAAAUCCUAUACGCUGAAGGUAGAGGCAGCCAAUGUCCAUAUUGACCCACGUUUCAGCGGCAGGGGGCCCUUUAAAGACACGGCGACAGUCAAAAUUGUUGUUGAGGAUGCUGACGAGCCUCCUGUCUUCUCUUCACCUACUUACCUCCUCGAAGUUCAUGAAAAUGCUGCUCUAAACUCCGUGAUUGGGCAAGUGACUGCUCGUGACCCUGAUAUCACCUCUAGUCCUAUAAGGUUUUCCAUCGACCGGCACACUGACCUGGAGAGACAAUUCAACAUUAAUGCGGAUGAUGGAAAAAUAACGCUGGCAACACCACUUGACAGAGAAUUAAGUGUAUGGCACAACAUAACAAUCAUUGCUACCGAAAUUAGGAACCACAGUCAGAUAUCACGAGUGCCUGUUGCUAUUAAAGUGCUGGAUGUCAAUGACAACGCCCCUGAAUUCGCAUCCGAAUAUGAGGCAUUUUUAUGUGAAAAUGGAAAACCCGGCCAAAGUUUUCUCUCUGGCAAACACGUAAUAAAAUUAGAAAUGAUAGAAUUGCAAGAACAUACCUCAAAUCCUCUGGGCAGAAAGGAGGCUGAAGAGCUGAAGGGAAAUGAAGCUAUCUUACUGAAAAGACCUCUUAAUAUAGGACCUGUUCCACCAGAGACAGGAAACAUCUAUCAAGAGCUGAAAAGGAGUCAGCUGGGGAUAAACCAGGUUCUCUCUGAAGAGAAUGGUAAUCUGGCUGGACGGGUGGAGGAACAGGUCAUUCAAACAGUGAGUGCCAUGGACAAAGAUGAUCCCAAAAAUGGACAUUAUUUCUUAUACAGUCUUCUUCCAGAAAUGGUCAACAAUCCGAAUUUUACCAUCAAGAAAAAUGAAGAUAAUUCCCUCAGCAUUUUGGCAAAGCAUAACGGAUUCAACCGCCAGAAGCAAGAAGUCUAUCUUUUACCAAUCAUAAUCAGUGAUAGUGGGAAUCCUCCUCUGAGCAGCACCAGCACCCUGACCAUCCGGGUCUGUGGCUGUAGCAGUGAUGGUGUUGUCCAGUCUUGUAAUGUUGAAGCUUAUGUCCUUCCGAUUGGACUCAGUAUGGGCGCCUUAAUUGCUAUAUUAGCAUGCAUCAUUUUGCUGCUAGUAAUUGUGGUGCUGUUUGUAACUCUGCGGCGACAUAAAAAUGAGCCAUUAAUUAUUAAAGAUGAUGAAGACGUACGAGAAAACAUCAUUCGCUAUGAUGAUGAGGGAGGAGGAGAGGAAGAUACAGAGGCUUUUGAUAUUGCAACUUUACAAAACCCAGAUGGAAUUAAUGGAUUUUUACCUCGUAAGGAUAUUAAACCAGAUUUGCAGUUCAUGCCAAGGCAAGGGCUUGCUCCUGUUCCGAAUGGUGUUGAUGUUGAUGAAUUCAUAAAUGUGCGGCUACACGAGGCAGAUAAUGACCCAACUGCCCCGCCAUAUGACUCCAUUCAGAUUUAUGGCUAUGAAGGCCGAGGGUCUGUGGCUGGGUCCCUCAGCUCCCUGGAGUCCAGCACCUCAGACUCAGACCAGAAUUUUGACUACCUCAGUGACUGGGGUCCCCGCUUUAAGAGACUGGGAGAACUCUACUCUGUUGGUGAAAGUGACAAAGAAACUUGACAGUGGAUUAUGAAUUAAUCAGUGGAACUGAGCAUUCUGUAAUAUUCUAGGGUCACACCCCUUAGAUACAACCAAUGUGGCUAUUUGUUUUAGAGGCAAGUUUAGCACCAAUCAUCUAUAAACUCAACUACAUUUCAAUGUUGAACCAAAAAUUAAUAAUAAAAAGCAUAUGUUAGGAGGUUAUAAAUCUUGUGGAGUGUGAAUUAAAGUAUGUGGAGUCUCUAGAAGUCUUUGGAUAUUUGAUAUUUACUUAGCCACCACAGACAAAGAUUGGGAUCCUGGCUAAUCCUUAGAGAGAUGGUUAAAAAGAGGAAAAAAUCAAAAUUAAAAGGUGCUUUCUUAGAAAAAUGGACCUGCAAGAAAUGUGCUGCUGAUAUGUGUCUUCUGCAAGGAUUUUUAUAAAUGCAAAUGGUUUUUUCCCCUUCACCAAUAAGGAUUCCGCCACAAACGAUAAAGCAAUACUUGGUCUGCUGUACGUUAUGACUUUCUGGAGUUUUGGGAGGCCUCCUAGAUUAUACGGUACGGUGACCGCACAUUGUACAUAACUGUUGGCCCCACUCAUCAGAGACUGAAUAGCAUCUUUAAAUAUUGUGUCGAGCCUUAAAAUAUUCACAUGUUCGUAAUCCAUUCCCGGGUGGGGAUUGCCAACUCAGUGGUGGGAGGAGAGAAAUCCCAUUCAAACAGGCUUGUUUUCUGGAAGCAGGAUUACUCGUUCCCUCCACUUCAUCUUCUUCCACAAGGACAGAAAGAUAAACCGUAUCACACAGCGGACUACAUAUGAGACAGAUGGUUUUAUUGCUAGCGCGUGAAUUUAUUUGUUUAAUCCUCGAAAUAAAUAUUUUAUUGAUGUCCAUUAAUGCUUUUAUUUAUUAAGGUUGGUAAUCUAUAUAGAUUAAGGGACUAUAUGGAAAAAAAACUAAAUUAUAUCCAUUAAUAAUCCUUUAGAUUGUUUUAUAUAAAUAUAUAUAUAUACACACAAUGAAUGUUUAAUACAUGUACAUUUUGAUGAGAUGAGUAUGGCAGGCAAUAUUAUCAAAAGGGGAGCCAAGAGUCUCUUUAGAGUAGAAAGUGUUAUUGUGGCUGGUGAUGGCAGGAGCAGCAUUUUCCCAGAGAAACUUUUGGACUGUUUUCUAUUUUGUUCAUAAUCCUAGUAUUUGGUGUUUUUACUACAAGCACAAACAUCUGAAAGCAUAUUGAUUCAUGUGACUAUUUAAACUCUAGACUUUUAGAUACCUACAUAAUGCCCUGCCCAGUAAACAUGCUUCAAGUUGCCCCCACUGUUUUAAAGCAGGAAGUGGUUUGUACAUAAUUUUACUGCUUUUGUUUCUAGCACUUCUCUCCCUGAUCUUCAUGGUGAUGCACAGAAUGUCGUAGACUCCAAAAAAGGACAGCACUAGAAGAUGUGAGCAUAUUCAAUUUGUAACACAAUCCUGCCAUUUAGGAGUAGAAAAUGUAUGAUAAAAAUCAAGUACUACACGCAGAUCAUUUUAAUUUUCUACUUUGCUUUAAUGCAAUAUUGUUUAUUUACUUCAUGUAUUGUAUUCAGAGAAACUCCUGUAUUGUUUCCUACUUUGUGAAAUAUAUUUUUAUAAAUA